GAUCAUAAUAACGUUGAUCCCAAGACAGCCCUUGACGAAUCCAAGUCCUUGCUCCGGAAACUCGUCUUAUACUUCGUCCUCACCUUUAUCGUGGUGAUCGUCUUCACGGGCCUCUUCCUGGGCAUCAAGAACUCCUGCGACCAGGACAUCUGCAACUUCGACCCGGUGACCACGCUGUCCCUGAUGUCUGUGUUCCUGGUCAUCCUGUUUGUCCUCGUCAUUCCGUACUUCUACCAGAGCAGCAAGACCCACAUCGUCGAUGCCCUGCGGAUGAUGGUGAACGGCGAGCAUGACAGUUACACCAUUGCGUACAGGGAUGCCAAUGACGCCACGGUCUACAAGGUCUCGGACUCGCUGAACUCGCAGGCGCAGCUCGAGCAGCUCUGGCUGGACGUGAUGCUGGUCCCGGCGAUGGUCGCGCUCUCGAUCGGGACGGUGCUGACGCGCCAGUGGACCGACAACGGCAUCCUGUACUACUACGCCGUGCUCGUCGGUUUCUUCACUGUCGUGAGCAUGUCGAACGAUUGGAUGACGUCGUUCUGGACGCGGUCCUUGAGGCUCUCUGGCGACCUGGGCAUGAAGGGAUCCGCCGUGUACGACCACUACCAGGGGUACAAGGACAUGGUGACGUACGUGCAGCUCUUCAUCCUCGUCGCGCUCAUCUUCACGGCAGUGCCCACGGAGAGCAUCACGGCCUACAGCUACAUCCUCUUCUACAACUGGCUGUACUUUGUGUUCGGGCUGUUUGCCGUGUACAUGCUCCCCGAUUUCAUCAAUGACAGGGCAGCGCUCAACAUCCACACGGUCACGGCGAUGAAGCAGACGGCUGUGCUCCUGCUCGUCUUCACCCUCGUGAUCACCCUAAGUGUGACGGAGUGGGUCAAGAAGGACAUCUUUGCGUACCAGGGGUUGGUGUAG